CGUGAGAUCCAUGAUGACAAGAAAACAGACACUUUUACAAUCGUUGGAAAAUUAUAUUUCAAUUUGUGGAAACGAUCGUUGCAACAAUGAUGACAUUUCGGUGCUGCGUUUCGCUGCUCCUUCUGAAGUUACUCUGAUUUUUACACCACUCAAUUACCGCGGCCCACUUUGGAGAAGUUCCUAUUGACGCGGUAAUGAAGUCCAUCAGAUGCUGAGUGACACCUCCCCCCCCAACCCCCCCGCGCGCGCACACGCAGCGCGCGCACACGUGUUCGGCUCGGGGUCUUUAAAGGUCCAUCUCGCGGACACUGAGCGCGCAGAGUCUGGACAGGAGGACAGGAGGGGACAGCGGGACCCGCAGCACCCGCAGCACCAUGAGCUCCGCAGCCACGUGUCUCCUCUUCCUCUGCCUCUUCCUGGUGGCGCGUGAAGCGCGAGGAACGUACCGCUUUUACGCGCACAACCCGGCGCAGAGAGUGGCGGCGGCGGCGGCGGGGGCGCGCAGCACGCACACGCUCUACGGCGUGCAGAGGAUGCAGAAGAUGCAGCCCGCGGGGUACCACGUGAACGGGCCAGGACAGUCGCACUGCAAAAGCCGCCCCUUGGACCUGGUCUUCAUCAUUGACAGCUCCAGGAGCGUGCGCCCUGCAGAAUUUGAGAAGGUCAAGAUCUUUCUGAGCGACAUGGUGGACACGCUGGAGAUAGGCCAGGAAGCCACCCGUGUGGCUGUGGUUAACUACGCCAGCACGGUCCAGAUAGAGUUCAUGCUCAAGAUGUACUUCAGCAAGGUGGAUCUCAAGCAGGCUUUGACUCGCAUCGAGCCGCUCUCCACCGGAACCAUGACUGGCCUGGCCAUCAAGACAGCCAUGGAGAAGGUCUUCGCUGAGGAGUCAGGUGCCCGACCUCGCUCCACCAACAUCUCCAAGGUUGCCAUCAUAGUGACGGAUGGGCGACCCCAAGACAAGGUGGAGGAGGUGUCUGCCUCUGCCCGUGGCUCCAACGUCGAGAUAUACGCCAUCGGGGUGGACCGAGCCGACAUGCAGUCACUACGACUCAUGGCGAGCCAGCCGCUGGACGACCACGUCUUCUACGUGGAGACGUACGGCGUCAUCGAGAAGCUCACAUCGAAGUUCCGGGAGACCCUCUGUGGCCUGGACCCCUGCUCUCUUGGACACGACUGCGACCACAUUUGUGUCAACAACCGGUCCUCUUAUUACUGCAAGUGCCAAGAGGGGUAUUCCCUGAAUGAAGACGGGAAAACAUGUUCACGGACCGACACCUGUGCUCCCGGCGAAGAUUGCGAACCCCUUUGUAGCGAACGCAACGGCUCGCAGUCCUGCACAUGUCGGGAGGGGUACGUCCUCAGUGAGGACAGGACAAGGUGUUCCCGUGUGGACGGCUGCGCCUUCGGACACGACUGCGAGCACAUUUGCGUUGACGGCUACGGGUCGCAGUACUGCAAGUGUCGGGAGGGUUAUGUCUUGAAUGAGGACAGGAAAACAUGUUCACUUCCUGUCCUGUCUGUGAUGCAUGAAACUACUAAACCCUCCAUCGUGGAACCAGGUGUGGACGGCUGCGCCUUCGGACACGACUGCGAGCACAUUUGCGUUGACAGCUACAGGUCGCAGUACUGCAGGUGUCGGGAGGGUUAUGUCUUGAAUGAGGACAAGAAAACAUGUUCACGUGUGGACGGCUGCGCCUUCGGACACGACUGCGAGCACAUUUGCGUUGACGGCUACGGGUCGCAGUACUGCAGGUGUCGGGAGGGUUAUGUCUUGAAUGAGGACAGGAAAACAUGUUCACAGGAGGUGAGGGCCGUCAUCGUGGAGGACCCCUGCAAGUGCGAGGCCCAGAUGGCCUUCCAGAGGAGGACACAGGUCACCCUCCGAGAGCUCGCCAACAAACUAGAUGAGGUCACCAGGAGACUUCAGCAGUUUGAGGCCGUACCUCGUCGCUUCUAGCGGAGGAGACCCAGCUGCACCGAGUGAGCUCGGUACCGCAGUUCAGAUUCCCGCAAAGGUGUCUGCCCCCCCAACGUCCCGUUCCGGCGCUUUCUUGUCUGAUGGAUCCCGUCAUCACUCUCAUGUACUUCAGUUGCCGCCCCAGGCAGCCAUUGGGACUCACCCAGCCGUGUCCUGCUGUCCAGCCGAGCAUCUGUCCGGUCCACCGGUGCUACUCAUCACACCCUUCACGUAACGUGAUGACAGCACCCACACACUUAUUGUGUGUUAGUGUAGUGUGCUACCGAUUGCGUACUUGACCGUCCGACAGAGGUUUUUGGGUUUCUCUAAUGAAUUUUAUUGUGCCUCCUUUCAUGACAGCUUAUCCCCUUUGUAUUUUAUUAUUUUUUAUGAAUAAUAGUGCUCUAAUGUAACUUUUAAAGACUUGAGAUUAAUUUAAACGAGAAUAACGGAAACUGUUACUCUACAUGUGUACAUGAAUUAAAAUUGCAUUCCGGAUACCUGUAAAUUGUAUAUGCAACAAUAAAUCAUU